AUGCACCUGCCAGGUUCCGCUCUGACCAUGGCAGACGGGAGCUUCUCCCUUUCUGGACACCUAGUCCGGAGCCCCACCGCAAACCCUUCGCGGCUACACAGCAUCGAGGCCAUAUUGGGAUUUACCAAGGACGACGGGCUCCUCGGCCCCUUCCCCGCAGACAGAGGCUCCCGUGCUUCUAAAGAUCAGGACAAGAGGGCAGGGGCCCGCCUCAGCUUACCCAGAGCGCCGGGAGAGGCAGAAGCGCCGCCGCCGCCGCCGCUGCCUCCCCCACCCCCGCCCCAGCUCCCUGCCCCGAUGCCCUAUGGCCCCAAGGAGCCCGGGGAGGAAUGUCUAAGCCCAGAGCUGCCUGCCUGCCACACUCCCAACGACGUAAAAGUGUCGGACGAGGAGCAGCCCAAGAAAAAACAUCGCCGGAACCGCACCACUUUCACCACCUACCAGUUGCAUGAGCUGGAGAGGGCUUUUGAGAAGUCCCACUACCCAGACGUCUACAGCCGCGAGGAGCUGGCGGUCAAGGUCAACCUGCCAGAGGUCCGAGUCCAGGUGUGGUUUCAGAACCGGAGGGCCAAGUGGAGGAGGCAGGAGAAGCUCGAAGUGACGUCCAUGAAACUGCAAGACUCCCCCAUCCUCUCUUUCAACCGCUCCCCGCCAUCCGCUGCCCUGCCGCAGCUUGGGGGAGGCGUGGGAGGCGGCGGCGGCGGGGCGACCCUGCAGCUGGAGUCGUGGCUGAGUCCUCCACUGCCCGGCGGCGGCGGCGGCAGCACCUCCUUACAGAGCCUGCCCGGCUUCGUGACCUCCCCGCAGAGCCUCCCAGCCAGCUACACGCCCCCACCACCCUUCCUGAACUCCCCUCCUCUAGGGCACAGCCUGCAGCCCCUUGGGCCGCCCCCGCCUCCUCCUUACCAAUGCGGAGCUAACUUUGUGGACAAAUUUUCCCUGGAAGAAGCAGACCCCCGUAAUACUAGCAUCGCAGCACUGCGCAUGAAGGCCAAGGAGCACAUCCAGUCGAUUGGGAAGCCUUGGCAGGCUUUAUGA